GUUUCAAUAUGGCGUGCGGAUACGAUACGUGGUACUGAUCAGGGAAAAAGAUCAUUAAUUUUGAGAAGGAAGAAUGGCUGGUCUAUUUAAACCGAGUUGAGUUAGUUGAUUGUCAGAACCUUUUAAUUUAAAUCAUAAAUAAUACGAUGUCGGCUUGGAAUACGAAGGAGAAGUAAAAUCCUACUGCGAAGAAGUCAGAUUUUCCAUGUAGACAUGCAGUGAUGUAGCAUUGCCUUGGUAGAUAAAUGGUUAAGCCUUGGUUUAAUAAACAUGUGGUUUUGGAAAAGAUACUUCGUAUUGUAAAUAAUAUUUUAACUUCAGUUGGAAAUGGCAGGGAACAUGCUACAAAUUGCAGACAUGUUGCACCAAAGAACGUGGGCAAUGUGUUUGAUCUGUGAGGGCAAGAUUACAUUUCAGAAUCCACGCGACUUUGCCAGACAUCUUCGUUCAGAACAUUGUUCCAAAGAAGGUGGCUCAUUUGUUUGUCUUUAUGGCUGGAAUGGUGUGUGUCCAUCGCUUCCUGUUGAAGGAGUCAGUGAUGCUGAUUAUGAAGAUCAUGUUGAAAAGCACCAUGUUGGAACAUCAUUUGCUAGGACUGAUGAUUAUGGUCUCAAAGAACGUCAAUGUGAUAACAGAAUGAUUGGUUAUGUACAGAUGCCACCUAUCUCCUUUAGUGAAGAGAAAUGGACAUUUUUCUCCUCAACUCAGAAUCUUGCAGCUGUUCUUAAUGAUCCUAAUGAGAGAAAGCGAUCUAAGGAAUUUUUUACCAGGACUUGGGGUGCAGAAUUUGAACCUUGUGAGGUGCCUCAGUUAACUUUGCUUCAAGCAGUUCCCAGGCACUACUUCAGUGACUAUAUUAAGAAAAUUCAGUUUAGAAUAAAGAAUCAUGAGAAGGUUAAAAAAAGUUUCCAAAGUGCUGACGAGUCAGAUGAUCUUGGUGAUACUGGAUUCAGCAAAGCCGCUGCUUGUGCUGCUAAGAGACAAGGCGACAAGUACCUAAAUAAUCUUGAUGUCAUUCCCAAGACAUUCAUGGAUGCAAAUUUUACUUUGGAACAUCCCGAGACAUUCAAAUACGUUAUUCCUUUGACAAAAAUGGACCCAGUUGAUGUAAAAAAUAGAAGCAGAAACGCCUUAAUGAAUAUCCCUAAGAACUCUCUUAAGUUAAUGCAAGAAAAGCUUUCCCAUUUCCUGGACAUUGCUGAGGUUGCUUUAGCUCAUCAGAUAUCGUUGAGGUCUGAAGAUUUCUUCUUAGCUGUGUCAUCACAAGAUCAGCUUCAAGAAGAUGUUGGACGAACAAAUGCUGAAAUUAGACAUUUAAGAACGAAGAUAAAACAAGUACAGAAUGUGUUGUGUGGUGGUUCUUUUACGUUUAUGCGGCUGGUGCAAUUAAGAUCAAGAUAUCACUGUGUUCAUAACAAGUUAAAACUGAUGUCUGCAGUGCAGCAAACACAGCCAACUAUACAACUCCUAUUAUCCACUGGAGAUUUUGUUGCAGCAUUAGAUCUAAUCUCCACAACGCAAGAAGUUCUCCAACUCGAGCUUGGUGGAAUUCAGUGUCUAAGACACUUAGGUUCCCAGUUGGCCGAACUAGAGCGAGUCAUUGAACGCAUGAUGGAGGCGGAUUUCAUAGAGUUUGCCACAACGAAUCUUGCAAAACCGCUUGAAGACUAUGAUGAACAAGAUCAUGUCAUUGACGAGGAACGCCUGGUAUCCGUAUUGUUUGGCCUCUUGAGAAAACAGAAAUUCCAUUUUAUUUACGCGUAUAAAGAAGAAGCAUUUGCUACAAUUAAAGAAACAGUAAAGGAGACUGCAAGAAAUUUCAUGUCGCAAACUACGAUCUCUGAAGACAGUCAAGAUUUACGUGACGCAAUGCAAAGUCUGAAUUUCCAAGCCUGGCUAGACAUGUUAGAAGUUGUUUUCACCAACGUUUUACAGACGCUCAAGCGAAUGAAGAUUCUUCACCAGAGUUUUGUCAAUGUGCUUGCCAUAGCAGCUGGCCAGGACCAGACGAAGUCUUGGUCUAUGGAACAUUCUACUGCAAGCAACGAUGUCUUGAUAUCCUCGGUUCAAUGUGGAAAGUUGUCAAAUGAGAGCAAGGAAAUCCUUGGAGGUGCUGGAGAACUGGCCCAAGCACGUUGUGUUAAACUGAUCAACAUUAGAGCUAAGGCUGGCUAUUUUGAUAUGUUAGCCUCUGCAGAAUUCGUUUCCCUCUCGAAGUCUGUUGAAAAGUUUGUAUGUGAGUGUGAGGAAGUGUGUGGUCGUCACAGUCGUGCAUUGAGAUCCAUCUUGGUCACACAAUCCAAGAAAUUCGUUGAGCGAUUUCACGAGGAAAAGAAACAAAAGUUAAGUUUAAUUUUGGACAAUGAAAGAUGGAAACAAGCCGACGUCCCUGCUGAAUUUCAGAUCCUUGUGGAUUCUUUAGUAGAUG